AUGGCGACCCUCACGGUCUCACCGUCUCAGGCUCAGCAAUUCAGCUUCCUCCCAUCCCCUCUCACCAGCAACCCACCCACCACCACAACCGCAACCGCAACCGCAGCCAACACCGCCUCAGACGCACCACCCAUAACCACCCAAACAACCCCACAAACCCUCACCAUCUCCCUCCAAAACAACACCCCCUCCACCGCCGUAUACGCCUACAUAACCGGCCAAACCCUUUCCGGCACCCUCUACGUCCUCUCUUCAACCGGCACCACCCCCUUUUUCCCGCCUAACCCCAUAACCCAAACACUCACCCCCAUCCCCUCCUCCUCAAUCUCCAUUGCCCUCGGCCCCCCGGGUUUAUCUCGGGCGGUAACCAUCCCCCGUCUUGCUGGCGCACGGAUCUGGUUCUCCGUCGGUUCCCAACUCCAAUUCUUCCUUAACCCAAUUUCCGGAGCGCCGCAAGAUGGACAAGGACGGGGUGUGGCAUUGGUGGAACCCAGCGUGAUGAACGAAAGUGAUACAAACUACGACAAGGAGUGGGGCUUCGCCGAGUUCACGUUUAACGAGUAUCAGCUGUUUGGGAAUGUAUCGAUGGUGGAUUUUGUAGGGAGGUGUCCUGUUUCUUUGGGAGUCAUCAGGGAUCUCCCUACAGAUGCAAAAGAGAGGCAGCAGGAGGUGGAGGGGAUGGGGUAUGGCAGUGGUUUGGAUCGGGUUGUUGAGUCCCUAAGGCAGGUGGGAGGGAAUUGGGAGAAAUUGGUGAUUAGACGAAAACAAGAUGGGCUGGUGACGAGGGUGUUGAGUCCCAACUCGGCGGUCGUCAUGGGGGCGCAGAGGGGCGAGAGAUUGUUCCAAGGGUACUAUGAUGGGUAUGUGAGGGAUGUGUGGGAAAAGUAUCGACGGGAAGAUCUGGUGGUGGAUACGCAGAAUAAAUGGGGGGUGGUUAGGGGGAGGGUUGAUUCGGGGACGAAUCUUUUGACGUUUCCGAUCCCGGGUUCCGGUACCGGUGGGAAGAUUACCUUUGGACAGCCAUCCGCAGCAGAUAUCUUCUCUUGCUCCACGGGACCGUUCGCGUUUCCGCCGUUGCCGCCAAACCCGACCGAAACCGAUUUCGAUGUCCAGGCGUUCCGAGGAAAUGUUGGGGCCCGUCUGGCGGCGGCGUUCAACAGGAGUACGUUGCUGAUCAACCCGAACCAGCCGGCUGGCGAACAGAUUGGUACGUUUUACAAGAGCAAUUCGGUGACGAACCACUAUAGCAGGGUGGUGCAUGAGAAUAGCCCGGGAGGAAGGGGGUAUGCGUUUCCGUAUGAUGAUGUGUCGAGAACCGAGGAGGAAAAUGUCGCUGGGACGGUGGCGGCGGGCAAUCCCAAGGUUUUUGUUGUGGCAGUGGGUGGUGGAAAGGUGAACUUUGCGGCUUUGGGAACGGCGGUGGUCGAGAGUGAGGUCCAGACUGCUGCCGAUGGUGCGGAGAAGGUGGAGAAGAGGGUGGUUACUGGUGGUGAGAAUUCGGGGAAGCCGGCAGGAAAGGUGGUGAAGAGUGAGAACAGAGGAAUGAGAACUGGAAGAGGAAGAGUAAAGAGGAUCAGAGGGUUGUUGAGGAGGGCUGUGGGUUGGGUGAAGGGAUGA